AACAACUGUCUGCUACUGCGCAUGCUCCGCAACAGAUCCGGGAUCCACCUUCUCAUUUCUUCUUUUGCACUUUCUCGAUUUCUUUCAAUUCCUGCUAUUCUUGCAUUUCAAUUUCUGCAUUUCCUGCGUUUGUUCGUUCUCUCUUGCUUAACCGGACACACAGCCUAGAGUUCGAUCCAUAUAUUCUUACGUCCAUAGCGCGUAAUGUUGUCACUUUGCUCGCUUUUCUUUCCCUAUGCGCGGAUCAAUUCUCUACGCGAGAUAUAUCAAGUAAUGCGCGGAUAAAGAAGUGCGAUGUUAUCUUGUAUUAGUGAUCAUAUGAAAACUCGACGCAAUCUUAUUUACACUGUUUUCCGUGUCGCUGAGGAAACUCAAUUAUCGCAGAGCCAUAAGUGCGCCAAGACCAAGACUCAAUUAUCGCAAUAUAAUUAUUCACAGAAUUAUAUCGCAUGGUUUUAAUUGUCGGGUUUUAGUCAAUUUUUAACUGUCUACAAUGUUGGAGGGAGUAAAGCACGUGUUAUUAGUGCUUUCGGUAAAAGGUGGUGUCGGCAAAUCGACAAUCAGCACCCAAUUGGCACUUGCCUUAAAGGAAUCGGGUUUUCGAGUUGGAAUUUUGGAUGUUGAUCUCUGUGGUCCUAGUGUACCUUACUUGCUGAAUUUAGAAGAAAAAGAUGUUUACAAGUCCUCUGAAGGAUGGGUACCAGUAUUUGCCGAUUCGGAGCAGAAACUAUCUGUCAUGUCAAUCGGUUUUCUCUUGAAGAAUCAAAACGAAAGUGUGAUCUGGCGCGGUCCCAAAAAGAAUGGUAUGAUCAAACAAUUUCUGACAGAUGUAGUUUGGCAAGAUAUUGAUUAUCUGAUCAUUGACACACCACCUGGUACUUCUGAUGAACAUAUAUCAGUCAUGGAGAACUUGAGAAAUAUAAACUGUGAUGGUGCAAUUAUAGUUACCACUCCUCAGCAAGUUGCAGUAGACGAUGUCCUGCGAGAAGUGACAUUUUGUAGAAAAACUGGAAUUCGUAUAAUCGGCAUUGUUGAAAACAUGAGUGGUUUUGUCUGUCCUUCUUGUACAGAAUGUACUAAUAUAUUCUCUUCAGGUGGCGGAAUAGCUCUUUCAGAAAUGGUAAAAGUUCCAUUUUUAGCAAAGGUACCUAUAGAUCCACAGAUUGGCAAGUUAGCAGACAAGGGACAAAGCGUUUUGGUGACAUUACCGGAUAGUCAAGUUGCACAAGUAUUCAAGAAAUUGGUUGAAGAGCUCACCAAGAGCAAGGAAGCUUAGAAUAAACAAAAUAGACUGUUUUGGCAUUGUGUGUAAUCUUCAGCAUUAGCUGUGUGAUACCUGCUUCCCCUGCUGUCACAUAGUGUUUCUAUAGGAAAUAUAUUUACAGUAAAUUGCAUAUUUAAGUGCCUAAAGUACUUGUAUACAAAGUAAUAAUUUUUAUAUUGUAAUAUAAUAUAGUCGCAAGGAAAAAUAAAAAAACGACGCUAGUUCAUCACACAUAAAAAUGCAU